ACUAAGGAGCUUGGGUCCCUUAGUGCCGCCUCUGUCAUGUUACUUUGUAUCAGUGUUAUAUAUUUCAAAUUAAUGAAAAAGGAAACGUUAGAAUGUCUACAUUGACAGUAUAGUCAGCGUUGAAAGCAAUGUUACGCGAAUCGACCGAAAUUUAUUAAGUAAACUGAACGAAAACCGUUUCGAAACACAGAAGGCCGUUCCUUUCUGCGGGACAGUUCCAUUUGGUUCCAUUUUUCCUCCCUUUUUCGUUUUUGCUUUAGAAAUAAAGUUUCGAAAAAGACCAGCACGAUGUGAUGAUUCAAUGAGGAAAAUUUCAACCGAAAUUGUUAUGGUCUUAAACGAAAAUCGAGCCAACAGAAUUCUAAUUACACGUUUCAAUGUAUUUGGUCAAUAUGCUGCGAAUGCGUAGAUUAUCUUGUCUUUCGUGAUGUUGAGUGAACAUAAUGAGGAGUAAAAUGCCACCGUUUCGAAGGAAAAAGUCUGGAAAAUCUUUUCCCGUUAAAGUCUGUACCUUGGAUGCUGAACUAGAAUUCAGUUUGGAGUGGAGAUCAACGGGACGAGAUUUGUUCGAUUUGGUCUGCCGUACAAUAGGAUUGAGGGAAACAUGGUAUUUUGGACUUCAGUAUGAGGACACUAAAGGAUUCAUAUCCUGGUUGAAGUUGGACAAGAAAGUGCAAGAUCAGUGUAUUUCCCAACAACCAACAACACCUUUUAUGUUCUUGGCAAAAUUUUAUCCGGAAGAUGUUGCAGAAGAAUUAGUUCAAGAAGUAACGCAACAUUUGUUCUUCCUUCAAGUUAAACAAGCUAUCCUUUCUAUGGACAUCUACUGUCCACCAGAGGCAUCCGUACUGUUAGCUUCUUAUGCUGUUCAGGCAAAGUAUGGGGACUAUGACGAAGUCUCCUACCGCCCAGGAAUGCUCGCUAGCGAAGCUUUAUUGCCCCAGAGAGUCAUAGAUCAAUAUCAGAUGACAUCUGAAAUGUGGGAGGAUAGGAUAAAAAUUUGGUAUGCAGAUCACCGUGGAAUGUCUAGAGAUGAAGCAGAGAUGGAGUACCUUAAAAUUGCACAGGAUCUUGAUAUGUAUGGUGUUAACUAUUUUCCUAUUAGUAACAAGAAAGAGACUGACCUUUGGCUUGGAGUUACAGCCCUUGGAUUGAAUAUCUAUGAGAAGGAGAACAAGUUGGCACCGAAAACUACAUUCACGUGGUCAGAGAUACGGCAUAUUAGUUUUGAUGACAAGAAAUUCGUGAUAAAACCUGUGGAGAAGACAUCGCCGAACUUCGUAUUCUUCUCGCAGAAAGUUCGCAUGAAUAAACUGGUAAAAAAACAGUCAGAUGUUGGCAGCUGGGUGAAGGGUUUGAUAGCUUUAGGGUUGGACGAACAUAGCAAUGACAAAGCUGCUCACAUAUUAUUUGUUAAGAUCCUGGACCUGUGUAUUGGGAACCAUGAUCUGUUUAUGAGGAGACGCAAGCCUGACUCUAUGGAGGUGCAACAGAUGAAAGCACAGGCCAAAGAAGAGAAAUCAAGGAGACAAAUCGAAAGAAACAAGUUGGCAAGAGAGAAACAGCUCAGAGAGACAGCAGAAAGAGAAAAAGCAGCCAUGGAGCAACGACUUCUACAAUAUCAAGAAGAGAUUCGUUUAGCCAAUGAAGCACUCAGAAGGUCAGAAGAGACUGCAGACCUCUUGGCUGAAAAGAGUCGCGUGGCAGAGGAAGAAGCAAUGUUGUUGAGUCAAAAAGCUUCCGAGGCAGAACAGGAGAUUACACGUAUAAGAUUGAAUAACAUGAAAACGGAGGAGGAGAAGGUUCACCUUGAACGCAAGACCAGAGAAGCUGAAUUGCUGACUGAGAGAUUGGUGCAAGAAUCAGAGAGAAGAGCUGCCGAGGCUGAAAAAUUGAAAGACGAAUUGCUACGUGCACGCAUAGCGGAGAAGGAAGCGAAAGAAAAGUUGUUAGAGUUCCUCAGCAGAAAUGCUUACACCACCACUAUAACUCCUGUACCAAAUCUGUUUCCAUCAACCCAAGUACUUCCGUCGGAUUUGCAAGCCGAUCUUCAGACGUUGCAACUAGAUACAGAACCAUUACCAACCGAUUUAACCUCGUACGACUUGAUUGCCGAUGGAGAUGUUGAUCAGUUAUCACUAGAAAUUGAAAAGGAAAGAGUAGACUAUUGGGAGAAGAGCAAACACCUGCAAGAACAGCUAAGAGAGUUGCGCACAGAAAUCGAAGUGAUGAAGGUUGGCGAAAAACAGUGCGAAUUGGAUCAAUUGCAUGAGGAACAAGUGCGACUUGGUGAGAACAAGUACAGUACAUUGAAAAAAGUGAAGUCCGGAUCUACCAAGGCUAGAGUUGCAUUCUUCGAGGAGUUAUAGUUGAAAUAUUGAUUACAUUGAGUGGAUGCAACGAGAAACGAAAUACCAUGCAAUAGGGGUAUGGAAAGUAUGAAACCUAUGAAUCGUGUAGACACGUGCGUAUGUGUACAUUGUAGAAUACUGGAAACGUACGAUUCAUCUAAGCGCAGUGAUGUAUAUCUUUGCUUUAUCGUAUCGUAACACUCAAAUUUGCAUACUAAGUCUCGAACAGCAGCGUAACUAUGGGACUGUACGCAAACUUUAUCAUCCCGUGGAUUUGUCAUUAUUUCAGUGAAAUUUUUCUUUUUACUCGUCGUGGUGUUCUAGUCUGAGUCAUAGAAACACUAUAGAAUUUUUGAAUUUUAUAAAACCCUCCAACCCUUCGCGGUCUCGAUUUUCUGAUUUCUAUAUAUUUUUGUUCAGUCUCGCUCAACGCAAGACUGCUAAGAAUUGAACGUAUACUUGGUUUUUGUCUGUUUCGCGUGUCCACGCCAGUUCGCUGAGCCACCAACUAUGAAUCUUAAAUGAUUCCUUGGAACGAGUAUUAGACUUCCACGCAGAGUACGUACGCAGAAAUCAAAAUUACAACUAGUAUCGCUAGAUGUUAAUGGUUAUGUAGAAAUAAGCAAUAAUCAAGUGUCGAUAUUCUCCUAAAGUUUUGCAGAAACUGGUGUGAUGUAUGUAGAUAAAGUUUAAGUAAUAGAGUAAAGCAAUGCUUUGCAACAUAAAGUUUCUAAUCUACAGAGUUAAAAAUGUUACGCUACUUUUGAAGUACACGUGCAUAUCAGAGAAUUCUAUUUUCCUAAAUAUAAAUGUUGUCUGUUCAACAUUGAAGAUCGCAUGUAUUUCUUAAUGCUUUUGUAAGUUUUUAUACGAUUGAAUAAUUCGUCAAUUAUACUAGUAAUAACUAUAACGCAUGCUUAGACACUACCGAUGUCACAAAUGUCAAUACUCUCAAAUAUAAAAUCAUUUAAUCUAUGGUUACGAUCUACGGUUAGAUCAUGUAUUUUCUGCAUCGGAAAAUUAAGAAAGUAACCUACGAAGAAAGUAUAUUAAAGCUGCAGUCUAGUCAAACAAUUUUUGAAAAUAAACUGGCUGCUAAUCAGCGUCUCUGUCUGAAAUGACACAAGAAGCAAUAAACGGUAGAGUUUACAAAUUUUAAUUGCCUUACUUGAAUCACUAUAAAAAUGAAAAAAGCGCAGCUACUAUGAAGUAGCAAUGUGAUAUUUAAAAUUUCUAAAUAAUGCGAGGAAUUAUCAAUUGCAAAUGAUGUUUGAAUUUUAUGCAUGGACUGCGAACAAAAGAAUUACGAUGAUACGUCGACUGUAUUUGUAAAAGUCUGAUAAUGUUUAAAUACUAUACAUACUCAUUCAUGGUUCUUUGAAUCCACUGUUAUGUAAUUUUUAACGUAAAGAAGACAAAAUGCACUACGUAAUUGCUCGUAUAAAAAUUUAUACACAUCGUAGCCACGUAAUUUGAUGAUAAUUUGUAAAUAAAAAUUGGACCAAUGUACGAGUAUGUACUCUAAUAUUGUUUUUUAAGAAAUCUGUGUAUAAAUGCGAAACAAAACGUUAUCGAUUUUAAUGCCAUGAAAUGUAUAACAUGCUACGAUAUAGUUAGUUUGAUUAGACUAGAGCGAUAGAACUUUUGCGCAUUAUGGCUUCUGUGAAGAUGUUCCUAUCAACUCGAUAGAGAACUCAGUGUUUGAGACUUUUAUUAUAGGGCUUUCCAAGUACGAUUAUACAACGAACAAAGUUUAUCGACUCCUUAAAUGUUCUUGUUAGUUAUAGUGUGAACAAAUUAGAUAUUAAAUGUGGGUAUUGUAAUCCUGUUACCUUGGAAUGUCAUUGUCCUUUUCCUCCUUUAAUUCAUAAAAAGAUGAAUGCUAUAUUAUUUUCUGCUCUGAGAAAAAAACAAACACAUCAAAAGAUUUUUUGCAAAUGUAUGCCAUAACUUUCUAGUAGCAUAAUCGGAAGUAUCCCUAGAUUUUCUAAACAAAAAGUUCUUUAAAAAAAAUUCAUUUACAAUAUUUUACGUCAUUUGUAACAUGUAAAAUUGGUUUGAAAAAUUUCUAUUUGGAAAGCUCUAUUUAAAAAAAUGUUUAGUCUUACUCGUACGUCUCAGAGAGUGGCUUAGUAAGUUUACAUAAACAUUGCUCGAACACUGACUAAUCAUAUAGAAAUAUGAAUCAUUAGUGUUUAGAUGUUCUUUUAUUUUAUGAAUCAUUGUUUCUCCUAGAUUUUAGAGAAUAUUGAUAAUAUUCAGUAUUGAAUAUAUUAUGUUACAUAAGAUUUUUGACCAAAAAUCUGGUGCGAGUGUUCAUUAAACUGAUAACUGGACUUCUGGCGCCGUUGUCUGUGAUUCGCCUAAGCGAGUGUAUCAUUGGAUGCUAAUCGAAAAGUGCUUGCAGCCAUAAUCAGUAUUUUCUGUAAUAUAGAGGAAUGUACCUGUAAACGCUAUUCACAACUGCUUGUUCAAUUAGAGUACUCGAUUAAUUCAUGCCAUGUUUUCUUUCCUGGGAUCGUAUAGACAAAAACAAUAUAUCAAUAUUUUUAUGAUAUCAACAA